GGAAGGCUUACACUUUUUAGCAAAGUGCUGUUUGCUGAAAGCGUCCCCACCACCUUUCAGAAAGAAAAAACUGGUGACGUCACAAGUUUCCCUUCAGGCUUGUCCCACCGCCAGUGAUGACGUCGCAUUUCUCGAGCUUGGUAGAUAUUGCAAACACACUGGUUGUGGCACUUUUUUCUUACUUACAUCGAAUCAAUACCAUGUCUGCUCGCCUUUUCUCCUCACCUAUCCUUGCUGCAGUCAAGCGUUCCGGCGUCCGUUUCCAGUCCACCGCUGGUUUCGCCGCUGAGCGCGAUGCUGUCAAGCACCACGCCGAAUCUGCUGCCAACACCUGGAAGAAGAUCUCCAUCUUCGUCUGCAUUCCUGCUCUCCUUGCCUCUGGCAUCAACGCUUACAACUUGUACGCUCACCACGUCGAGCACCAGAAGGAGCACCCCCACGAAUGGGUUGGUUAUGACUACAUGAACACCCGUAACAAGGAAUUCUUCUGGGGCAAGGAAUCUCUCUUCUUCAACCCUAACGUCAACCACUCUGCCGCUGAGGAAUAGAUUAUUUUAUGAGCAACAUUUGGAUUUUAUUAGAUGAUCGUGUGUACAAGGGUUCUUCCGUUUUAAAUAUAUGAACUUUUGUUUUCAAAACAGUGUGAUGAUUACGAUUGUAUAUUGAUUUGAGAAAAGAAGAAAGUAUAAGCUGC